CGCAGGCGCAUCGGGCGAGCAAGAGUUCGGAACUCCACUUCCCAGAAGUCUUUGCGCGCUUGCAAGGUGGUUGCUUAGCAACCGGCGUCAACCAGAAAUGGAGCCGAAAGGGGAGCCUGAGCGGGAAAAGGAGAAAGACCAGAAUGAACAAUCUGACAAAUUGGACAGCACGGAGGGGAAAAAAGAAAGAAAGAAGAAGAGUACUGAUGAAAAAAAACUUCUUGAGUCUGAAGAAGAAGAAAGGGUAGCAGAAGAUGAAGAGGGAGAAGAAAGUGGAAGUGAGGAAGAAGAGGAGGAACCACCACCACCAGAACCUGAAGAGCCUCCAGCACCUGUGAAGAAGAAGAAAAAAGUAGUAGUUGAGAAGAAAAUCUCUGAAAACUUCUACUAUAACUAUGAAGAGUUGUGCUCAUUCCCGUAUGUGACACCAGAUUCUGGGAUACCGCUUGACAUGCUCAUUCUUAUGCACUCCUUUGGUUAUGACUGCAGAAGACGGGCAAACAUCCUAAUGCUAGAUAGCCAAACUCUUCUGUAUAUUGCUGGCAAUCAUCUAGUACUUCUGGACUUGAAAUUUAGAUAUCUGAGAUAUCUUCGAAGCACAAGUGGUGGCGGCAUUGGUGUAAUCACGGCACACCCUAAUAAAACACACUUUGCAGUUGGAGAGAAAGGAUGGAAACCAAACAUGAUUAUCUAUGAGUAUCCUUCCUUGAGGCCAUACAGAAUAUUACGAGGCGGAACAGAGAAAGCAUAUGCGUUUGCUGAUUUUAAUCGGUCGGGCACCUUAAUUGCCACUGUUGGGAGCAGCCCUGACUAUACCUUGACAGUUUGGGACUGGAAACAGGAAAAGAUUGUUUUGAGAUCAAAAGCAUUUUCACAAGAUGUUUAUAGAGUCACAUUUUCUCCUGAAAAUGAAGAACAACUGACCACAUCUGGUUUAGGCCACAUCAAGUUCUGGAAGAUGGCUCUCACUUUCACUGGUUUGAAAUUACAAGGAUCAUUGGGGAGGUUUGGUAAAACAGCAGUGACGGACAUUGAAGGAUAUGCAGAGCUGCCAGAUGGAAAGGUACUUUCAGGGUCGGAAUGGGGUAAUAUGCUACUCUGGGAAGGAGGCCUCAUAAAAGUGGAAAUUUGUCGACCUGGCCAUAGAAAUUGUCAUAAUGGUCCCAUUAAUCAGCUGCUUCUGGAUGAGGGAGAGAUUGUCACAGUUGGAUCAGAUGGAUACAUCAGGGUUUGGGAUUUUGAAACAAUGGACACUGCUGAUGUUGUGGAUGACACAGGACUGAUGGAGAUGGAUCCUAUGAAUGAACUUUUAGUUGGCAAAAAUGUCAAUCUGGGUUACAUGGUAAAAGUUCAUGAACUUGGAGAACCAUAUUGGUAUGCUCAGGAUUUUAAUGGAGCCAUUUGGAAGCUUGACCUGAGUUUCUCCAAUGUGACUCAUGAUCCAGAAUGUCUCUUCACAUUUCAUUCUGGAAAGAUAGAAGCUGUGUGUGUCUCUCCAGUCACAUACAUCUUGGCUACAACAGCUCUCGACCGUAUGGUACGUGUUUAUGAUUUCCUUGGUAAGGUGCAGCUGGCUGAGAUGAAGUUUAAACAGGGAGGAACAGCAAUAACAUGGGCACCAAAAGUGGCAAAUCCUAAAGGAGGUGUAAUUGUUGUUGGAUUUCAAGAUGGUGUUGUGCGCAUUAUUGAACUUUACAACCCUAAGGGCCUUCCUAUUGUUUCUAGUCAAGAAAAUCUAGCGGAUGCAUCCUUACGCCUGAAACAGGCUUUCAAGCCUCACACCUCUGUAGUUACUGCACUGGCCUAUGAACGCCAUGGAGAAAUACUUGCCACAGGAAGUAGAGAUAAAAACGUAUUUUUCUUUAAUGUUGAUGAGACGUAUGAUCCAAUUGGGUUCAUUAGUGUUCCAGGACCUGUGCAGGCAUUGCAGUGGUCUCCUCCUUCUCAUCGAGAAAAUAAGCUGCUUAUUUUCUGUGAGAAUGGCAUUGUUGUCCAGGUUCCUGCUCCACAGCAAGAUUUUGAUGCAGCAUCUACCUAUAAGAUGAAGGACUUACCUACAGAGUAUUUUCGCUUUUGGAGCAUAAAGUCUCAGAUUUUGAGAGAAGAUGAAAUUAAACGGAGAGAAAAAGUGAAAGAAGAGAAGGAGAAAGAAAGGCAGAAGUGGAUACAAGAACAAUUGGAUGAAGGGAAAGAACUAGAAGAAAUUGAACUUCUAGAGGAAGAAGCUGAGGAGGAGGAGGAAGAAGAACCACUGCCAGAUAUCUUUGUCCCCAAGACUCCCAGCCCAAUCCUCUGUGGGUUUUACUCUGCCCCAGGAAAAUUUUGGUUGUCUUUGGGAGGAUAUGACACUGGAUUCCUCUUCCACUGUGCAUUUUCUCCUAUACAGCACCAAAAAGAACCUGAUCAUCGGGAAGAUGAACCUUUUGAUUUUAUUCGUGUGGAGGGUGCAGAAGACAAUCCUAUUACACGGAUCUGGUUUUGCUCUUCUGGUUUACUAAUGUUCUGUGGGAUGCAGAAUGGAGCAGUGCGGGUCUAUCCUCUCCACCAGAAAGAGUUCUCAAUAGACAAUAUAGCUGGAUAUUGGUCAUUUGGCUUACAUGACAAUGACUAUGGGAAAAUUCAAGGAAUCUGCUCCAGUUUCGAUGAUCGGUUUCUGGUAACCUGUGGAGCAGAUGGCAAUAUCUUCACUUAUAACAUCCUUUCUGUUGAAGAAAUUAAAAAAGUCCUGAAGACCAAGGUGCCCUCUCCAAGAAGAGGCCUAGAUCAAGAGGGAGCAGCAGAAGAUAUCGAGGAGCCCAAUGCCUACAGUAUUGAAAAUGCCAAACAAAAAAAAGAACAUGAUUUGAUAAUGAGGGCAGCAGAACGGAAGAAAUUUCUGAAGCGACAAGAACUGUUCAGUCUAAGGCAGGCAUUUCAGGAGCUGCUUCGUAUGAAUGAUGAGUUGCCCAGGCACAUGCAGCUUCAUAGAGCUCAAUUUGAGUUGGACCGUAGAAUUCGUGCAGAAAUGGACAGAAGGACAGCCCGGAAGAUCCGACUUGUGAUGAAAGAAUUGGGCUGGGAACAGGAAAGACACCGCAUCGGGCUGCGAAAAUUACAAGAACGGUUUCGAGGCAAUUUGGAAUAUGACACAAUUGUGGUAUGUGCAAUGAGAAGUAACCAUCGAAUCUCUACAUACAGACUGUUGGCAAUCUCAGAAAAAUUCUACAGCUCCAGAAAGCAGAGUCAAUCAUGGAAGAGAAGACCGAGCAAAUACGAUUGGAAAGUAAAAGAAGAUCAACAAAAGGACAGCCAAAAAGAUAUAUUUUCAUCUCAAACAAAUACCAUCUUGGAGGAGGAACCAGAACCUGAAAAGGUGAAAAAGAAACCCCAAACACUGCAAAGCCGUAUUGUUGAGAAUAGAAUGGAAAGACUUAGAAAAGUGAUUGAAAAGGCAGAAAAAGCCAAAGCAAAGAUUGAACAAAGGAAAAAAGAAUGGGAGGAAUUAUACAAAAGCAAACCAAGUGAUAACUAUGAGGACCCACAAGAUAUUGAGGACAUCAGGCAUGCCCAAGAGAACAUGGGGGACUUCAAAUUAAAAACAGCUACUAACUACAAAAUUCCUGAACAUAUGAGAAUUAAUGCUGCCAAGAAAAUGAAUCAACUAACUUCUCUUGAAGUGGCUAUCCAUGAAAGGAAAUUAUCUAUGAACAAAUGGAUAGUGGGCCUCCGAGACCUCAAGGUGGCUAUUAUUGAAGAAAUCCAGUGUGUGGUACAAGCACUGAAAAAUAUACAGUCAUCCCUAGAUCCAUCCAAACAUCUUCCCGUUCCUCCCAUUCCUCAGCUUCUUCCUGAGGAGACGCCAGAAAAAAAAUUCCAGUAUGAUAGUGAAACACUUCUGAAGUUCAAGCAGGAACUAGAGAAGCAGGGGCUGAAGGCCAAAGAGGCUAUGACACUGGUUCCUUCAGCAGAAGCUGGGGGGCUAGGAGGAUUUGGAGGAGGAUUUCUUCAUACCCCUUCCGUGAAGGAAAUCGAUACUUCCACCCGAGGAAGUCAGAAAUCAGUGAAAACAGGAUGUGCAACUGCAGCUACACCAACAGCAGUACUGCCAGUCAGUAGUUUUGAGAUGGAAUUGGUAGAACCAACAGAACUAGAAGUGGAAAUCAGAAAGAGGGAGGAGAUUAGAAACAUUUACAUGCAGGAGACGUUGAUCAAGAGGAUUGAUGAGCUCAUGAUGACCUUUGAUGCUGAACUGUGCCUUCUGCGCCACCAAAAACUGAAGCUGGACAUACAGAUGAAAACUGCUGACCUACGUCACGUCACUUGGUUUCAAGAGUUGCUUCUCCUAAAGAACUUUGAAAAGCAUGAGGACAUUCUCCAGGAACGUGUCAAUAGCCUCAUCAGUGAGGAGGAACAAAUGCAACACAAAAUAAAUAGCUGUAUUGCACAAAUAGACGAAAAGAAAGCAGAAAUCGUAAAGCUCCAGGAACGAGAGAAAGCACUGUAUGUCACUUUCCAUGCAUCGCUUGGGGAAAAUAACAAAUUUGCUGGAUUUCUUCUGAAAGUCUUGAAGAAGAGGAUCAAACGUGUUAAGAAAAAAGAAGUGGAAGGCGAAAGAGAUGACGAUGAAGAGAGUGAUGAAGAGAGUGAUGAGGAGUCUAGUUUGGAGAGUGAUGAAGAAGAGUCAGGAUCUGAGGAUGAAGUCUUUGAUGACACUGUUUGUCCAAAAAACUGUGAUGAGUCACUCUUUGAAAACACUCUCCAACUCAGAGAGAAACGACUAGACAUCGAGGAAGCGUUAGUUGAAGAGAAGAAAGUAAUUGAAAACGUGAAGAAAGAAUAUGAAGCUUUUGCCAAGAAGGUGAAAGUCGUAGCAGCCAGUCUGGAUUCAGCAGAAUGGGAAUUGGAGGCAUAUCAAAGGGAGAAACAGCAGAAACUGAAUGAGCUGCAUGUGGUGGUUCCUCUAAAGCUUCACCAGGUGGAAUAUAUAUCAAAUGGAGAAAUCCCUUCAGACAUCUCUCAGGCUUUGGUGUUUACCAAUCAGUCUUUGAUGAACUUGCAGCAAAGGAUCACAAUCUUGCAACAGGAGAAACUCGUACAGAGGGAACUCUACAAGAAGGCUCGGGAACAGCACAAAGAACUUAUUCGGGACAGGAAGGAGAUGAUGAUUAAGAUUGAGCGGCUGGAGGAGAAGUGCAAUCAAUUCAUGAUGAUGAAAUUUGGUCGGUUAGUAGAUUUGGAAGCUCUUCAAACUCUUUCUGUCAACACAAACCUGGAGGAACUCAAGAUGAAAACAAUGGAAAAAGAGCAAGCUAUUGCUGUGGACUUGAAAAAGUGGGAGGGCAGAAUCCUUGAAAAGCGCCAACAGCUGAUGGCAGUGACAAAAGAAAAUACCAAUAAGCUGACACAAAUGAAUGCAUUUUGCACUGAGAAGAUACGACUUGAAACCAAGUUAGAUUCAUUGCAGCAUAACCUGGGAGCAGAAUUCCAAGGGCCUCGCAAAGAAGAUAUUAUGGAGAAAGAGAGGAUGAUUGCACUAGUGCAGCUACAAGCCACAGACGCAGAGAUCCUGAAAGAAGAAAUCACGCUCCUAAGUAGAAAGGAUGGGCGCAUCUUCGCAGCACCUGAGCCCCUUUUCCAAACAGAUGAGAUGCUGAAUUAAAGCCCUCCAGUUAAGUUCCCUGGGUCUAUUUUAACAUAUAAAUCCUAAUACAUGAGAGCAACUGGCAGGCUAAUCUUGAGAGGCUUAAGCUUCUUUAGCCCACUUCUUGACACAUCUUGCCCAUUUUAACAGAGGCCACAUAAAAUUUUAAUAGUGAUUUGGAAAUGCAGUGGCUGGGGAAAUUUAUGCCUUUUUAUAACUCUGAGAGGCAUGGGACGAUUGUAAAAAAAAGCCCUGAUAUCAGCUGUAUCUAUCUCCAGUUAGCCACUUGAUUUUGGACAAAUGAAGGAUCUAUGAUUAAAAGACUUUGGGCAGCCAUUUCACUUCUUGAAGUAUGUCAAAACACAUAUUGACAGCACUGUGCUAAAACAAUACUUUGUACUCUCAGUAACUUAACAUAGCCCCAUGUGUAUAUCCGCAAUGCACUACUGGUAUAGAAAGUGCUAAGACCACUGUCCUGGAAGAAGCCAAAUAUUUAUAAAAGAUUUGUAUCAAUAUCAAAAGCAAUGAAAAUGUGCAUUUAUGUAAGCCCUUUUACCCUGAAAUUGUUUUAGAUAAGAAAGCAACUGCUUUGUUCAUUUAUUAUCAAAUGUCCCAAUAUCCUAUACCUCACAGUUGUUGUUAACCUCUGUAUAGGUAACCAGUUGUCUAACCAGUUAACCCAGUAGUUAAUUCUUACUGAAAAAAAGUCACAUUUCCAGAUUUGAAACUCUUGUUUAUCGUGCUUUGAUAACAUGACUGAAUUAGAUUUUAAAAAAUGUUGGCUAAAAUCAUAUAUUACCCUUUGUGCAGUGUAAAGUUACAUAUACUUAACUAUUUGACACAGACACUACACAACCCUAUUAGUGAAUUGCGAAGAUGCAUAAUGGGAGAAUGUGUAUCAGUAAAGCCCAAUGUGCAUCCGAGCCCCCAUCAUACAUCACUCUCUUUGCCAGCUCCUGCAUAUUCUUACAUAACAAGAUACAAACCUUACAAAACCCAAUUAUAAGUCUUACAAAUGUAACUCCACUUAUGGAGCCAUAAUUCCAUAUAGAAUCUAUAGUCAAUUUCUGUGCCUGACUUCCUUUCAAAAGAUGACAUUUUACUAAAAACAAACAAAAGUUAUUGCUAGCUAUGCACCAAUAGAUUUUUGUCGUUUCAAUAAAGCAUGACAGUUCUGCAUGA